CCAGAGACUGCCGAGCCGGGUCCGUGUGCCGCCACCCACUCCGGACACAGAAUAUCCAGUUAUGGAUAAAAAUGAGCUGGUGCAGAAGGCCAAGCUGGCCGAGCAGGCAGAGCGAUACGAUGACAUGGCAGCCUGCAUGAAGUCUGUCACUGAGCAAGGAGCCGAGCUGUCUAACGAGGAGAGGAACCUUCUCUCUGUUGCUUAUAAAAACGUUGUAGGAGCCCGUAGGUCAUCUUGGAGGGUCGUCUCGAGUAUUGAGCAGAAGACGGAAGGUGCUGAGAAAAAGCAGCAGAUGGCUCGAGAAUACAGAGAGAAGAUCGAGACGGAGCUGAGGGACAUCUGCAACGACGUACUGUCUCUUUUGGAAAAGUUCUUGAUCCCCAAUGCUUCGCAGCCAGAAAGCAAAGUCUUCUAUUUGAAAAUGAAGGGUGACUACUACCGCUACUUGGCUGAGGUUGCUGCUGGUGAUGACAAGAAAGGAAUUGUGGACCAGUCACAGCAAGCAUACCAAGAAGCAUUUGAAAUCAGCAAAAAGGAGAUGCAGCCGACACACCCCAUCAGACUGGGUCUGGCCCUCAACUUCUCUGUGUUCUACUAUGAGAUCCUGAACUCCCCAGAGAAAGCCUGCUCUCUUGCAAAAACAGCUUUUGAUGAAGCCAUUGCUGAACUUGAUACAUUAAGUGAAGAGUCGUACAAAGACAGCACGCUAAUAAUGCAGUUACUGAGAGACAACUUGACAUUGUGGACAUCGGAUACCCAAGGAGACGAAGCAGAAGCGGGAGAAGGAGGGGAAAAUUAACCGGCCUUCCAACCUUUGUCUGCCUCAUUCUAAAAUUUACACAGUAGACCAUUUGUCAUCCAUGCUGUCCCACAGAUAGUUUUUUUGUUUACGAUUUAUGACAGGUUUAUGUUACUUCUAUUUGAAUUUCUAUAUUUCCCAUGUGGUUUUAUGUUUUAAUAUUAGGGGAGUAGAGCCAGUUAACUUUAGGGAGUUACUCGUUUUCAUCUUGAGGUGGCCAAUAUGGGAUGUGGAAUUUUUACAUGAGUUACACAUGUUUGGCAUAGUUAGUACUUUUGGUCCAUUGUGGCUUCAGAAGGGCCAGUGUUCAAACUGCUUCCAUGUCUAAGCAAAGAAAACUGCCUACAUAUUGGUGUGUGCUGGCGGGGAAUAAACAGGAUAAUGGGUCCAGUCAUGAGUGUAGUCUGUGUGGGUACUGUAAGGCUUGGAGCACUUGUGAGGCUGGGACACGAACACCCUGUGGAUGCACGCUAAGACCGUGUGUCUGCGUGCACACCCUUGACCACAGCUCCAGAAGUUGUCUGUAGACAAAGUUGUGACCCAAUUUACUCUGAUAAGGGCAGAAACGGUUCACAUUCCAUUAUUUGUAAAGUUACCUGCUGUUUGCUUUCAUUAUUUUUGCUACACAUUUUAUUUGUAUUUAAAUGUUUUAGGCAAUCUAAGAACAAAUGUAAAAGUAAAGAUGCAGUACAAACGAGUUGCUUGGUGUUCCCGGCUCCAUGCGGAUCAAGCACAGCGGUAAACAAAAUCCCAUGUAUUUAACUUUUUUUUUUAAGUUUUUUGUUUUGUUUUGUUUUUGCUUUUGUGAUUUUUUUUCUCUUUUUGAUACUUGCCUAACAUGCAUGUGCUGUAAAAAUAGUUAACAGGGAAAUAACUUGAGAUGACGGCUAGCUUUGUUUUAAUGUCUUAUGAAAUUUUCAUGAACAAUCCAAGCAUAAUUGUUAAGAACACAUGUAUUAAAGUUCAUGUAAGUGGAAUAAAAGUUUUAUGAAUGGA